GCGACUCGCACACCUGGCGCCGCCAUGCCCGGGGACCACCGCCGAAUCCGCGGACCCGAGGAGUCGCAGCCCCCGCAGCUGUACGCUCUCGACGAGGACGAGACGCCCGCUGCCCGUGACCCGACGCGGCUGCGGCCCGUGUACGCGCGCGCCGGGCUACUGAGCCAGGCUAAGGGCUCGGCCUACCUGGAGGCGGGCGGCACGAAGGUGCUGUGUUCCGUGUCGGGCCCGCGCCAGGCCGAGGGUAGUGAGCGCGGCGGCGGCCCGGCCGGGGCGGGUGGUGAAGCUCCGGCCGCUCUGCGCGGCCGCCUGCUUUGCGACUUUCGUCGCGCGCCCUUUGCGGGCCGCCGGCGUCGCGCGCCCCCGGGUGGCGGCGAGGAGCGCGAGCUGGCGCUGGCGCUGCAAGAGGCGCUUGAGCCGGCCGUGCGCCUGGGCCGCUACCCGCGCGCGCAGCUCGAGGUGUCGGCCCUGCUGCUGGAAGAUGGCGGCUCGGCGCUGGCUGCCGCGCUUACGGCCGCUGCGCUUGCCCUAGCCGACGCCGGCGUGGAGAUGUACGACCUUGUAGUGGGCUGCGGCCUGAGCCGCUCGUCGGACCCCGCGCCCACCUGGCUGCUGGACCCCACACGGCUCGAGGAGGAGCGCGCCGCCGCCGGCCUCACCGUGGCGCUCAUGCCGGUGCUCAACCAGGUGGCCGGACUGCUGGGCAGCGGGGAAGGCGGCCCGACCGAGAGCUGGGCCGAGGCCGUGCGCCUGGGCCUCGAGGGCUGCCAGCGCCUCUACCCCGUGCUGCAGCAGUGCCUGGUGCGGGCCGCGCGCCGGAGGGGUGCCACCACCCAGUCCUGAGCUAGAAGCCUGCGCUGACGACGCCAAGGGCCAGGGCCGCUGGC